UAGAUAAUUACGGGAUUCACGGGAUUUAGGUGUUGGUUUGGUAAAAUAAAUUUUUAUUUUAUCAGCUCACUGAAUAUCAUAAUGACUAUGUAGUGAAAAAGUGGAAAUAUAUGUGUAAAACGAAAUAAUACAUCAUUAUUUCGAUCAAAUUACAAUACGAGUCGUCGUUAUUACGCAUAACUCGUAUUGUAUUCGAACAUCGUCAAGCCUAUUUUUUGGUUGCUAAAAUGUCGGGCGACCACAAAACAUUGAUAAAAGGUAGUCCAUCGCAAUAUGUGAAGCUAAAUGUGGGUGGUACACUGUUCUAUACAACUAUCGGUACACUGACAAAGAGUGAUAACAUGUUGAGAACGAUGUUCAGUGGCCGGAUGGAAGUACUAACAGAUUCGGAAGGCUGGAUACUCAUUGAUCGAUGUGGUAAACACUUUGGCACCAUACUGAAUUAUCUUCGUGAUGGUACUGUUGCCCUGCCGGAUAGUUACCGUGAAAUCAUGGAACUGUUGGCAGAAGCUAAGUACUUUUUGAUUGAAGAAUUGACUGAGUCUUGUCAACAGGCAUUGGCCAAAAAAGAAAGAGAAGCUGAACCUAUUUGCAGAGUUCCUUUGAUCACUUCACACAAGGAAGAACAAUUGCUGAUAAUGUCAACUUCUAAGCCUGUUGUCAAGCUCUUGAUUAACCGACAUAACAACAAAUAUUCAUACACAAGUACAUCAGAUGACAAUUUGCUGAAGAACAUCGAGCUGUUUGACAAGCUUUCACUGCGCUUCAGUGGCCGUGUAUUGUUCAUAAAGGAUGUGAUUGGCUCAAAUGAGAUUUGCUGCUGGUCAUUCUUUGGACACGGCAAAAAGUGUGCAGAAGUCUGCUGUACAUCCAUUGUGUAUGCUACUGACAAGAAACACACUAAAGUUGAAUUCCCUGAAGCUAGGAUAUAUGAAGAAACUUUGGGCAUUUUACUGUAUGAGAGCAGAAAUGGACCUGAUCAAGAUUUAAUUCAAGCAACUUCAUCACGUGGCGCUGUUGGUGGACUGUCCUGCACUAGUGAUGAGGAAGAGGAGCGAUCUGGAUUAGCGCGACUCAGAUCAAAUAAACAGAAUAAUCAAUCUUAGCGGUUACAGUCGGGCUUGGCGCGCCUUCGAAGCUCGAAACGGACUAAUGUCUGAUACCAGGCUGGCUUCUUGUUGCCAUUUUGCUGGCUGCCUUGCUUUGGUCUGUAGACUUUACUGAGCUGUGUCCUUCAAAGGUCAGUUUGACCACUUUUCCAUGGCUCUCUUGAUUGUGGAGGAAUGAAAAUGGCAUAAGGCAUUUAUGAUUAUAGUCAGAUCUAUGGACAACUUUCUUCUAUUACUAUGUGUCUGUGUCUAUUCUGUGUGUAGUGAGUAAAUUCUACCAGAAGUUGAUUAGAAGAAACAUGACGUUAAAAGUGUUAUGUAUGAUGCAGGACUACUACAUAUCUUAUAUUCACCUGGUACAUAUGUGGUAGUGUCAUAGAAUAUUAAUUGGUGUCUAGUAUACGAUUCAUAAAUGUAUUUGGUAAAUCUACAGUAUUUGUUGUUGAUGUGUAAAUUUAGAUGUAGUAAAUGGGAUGCAAAGAAAAGAAUGCAUUUGUCAUAUGCAACAUCACAAGCCGUUAGUGACAGAAGUAUGGUUGAAUGUCUUGAGACUAGGAAAUGUACAUUAUUAAAUGUUGCAUGAUGUGUUGUUAUAAAAGUGUAAAAUAGUGUAAUAUUCUAUCUAAGAUUGUAUGUGAAACAAUGUGUACAAGCUUUGCAGUACAUCUAUUUCAUAAUUCUAAUGUAAUUUUACGCUUAUAUUUAUCACACGACUUACACAGCUCAAGUGAUUUGCCAAAUCAAUGUUGUCUAGUAUUAGAAACUUGUUCCUGAAACAUCUCAAGUGGAUGAAGCUCAUAAUUUAAUACCAAUUUUUGUUGUUAAGAAUUAUUCUUAUUGCCUAUUAGGGGAUUAGUAGAACUCAAAUUGUAGUUGAUUCUAGGAAUAAAAUAAUUGGUGUCUGAAUUCAAUCCAAAUAUAAUUAAUAUGAUAUAAUAGAUUACUGCAUUGCACUAUUAUGAUAUUUGCCACCAAUUGCCAUUAUACUUCAUGUUAUAUUGUAAAUAUUCUAAAUAAUACAUUAAAAACGUGGUAUAGGAAAUCUUCAAUUGGUAGAAGUGAUACUAAAUACAAAUUCUUAACUCUUUAUCUUAGGAAUUCAUGGUGUAUGAUUUUGCCAAAUUAUAUAGCUAAUGUAAUAGUAGUAAAUUGAUAAGUAAUUAUUGUAACAGAAAAAAAAUGGAAUGGUAUUAAAGUUAUGCAAAUAAUUAUCAGUCUAGUCUGAAAUGAUUGUUUCAUGAGACUUUGUUAGGCGAAGGGAAAGAUUAGAGAGUAACUCCUUUAGAUAGUUUUCAGAUUAUAUUGAUGUUGUGUGUGUGUCACAUUAUUUCAAUUUGUGACUCAUUCAUUAGUAUACAUAGUGCAAAGAUUGAUUUAUUUUACAAGAUAUUAGUAUCAAAUGGCAAGAAGACAUAUUUCAUCCUUAUUAUAAAGGUAGAUUUAGCAAAUUAAGAAUGAUGGAUGGUUUAAGAGGCUAAUUAAAGUGAUUGAAUAUGAAGAUUAGAGUUAGUACUGGUCAUUGUACAAAAUGAGAUUGAGAAAGGAGUCCCUCCUAGAACAUUUGAAGAUUGGUUUCAUGGUUUCACUGGUUUCAUUAUGAUAGAAGCCAUUUGAGUGGAGAAUGAUUAUUGUCAAAUUUAUAACACCUAUAACUUGUUAUAUCCUUAAAAAUAUUAUAUGCUCACUGUUUAGCUGUC